AUGAUUCCCUUCACUUCAUGGAUACCGGUACUGGCCAUUUUCGAGACAGCUCGUGCUGUGAGAUAUCUAGGACGUGUGAAUCCAGCGACAAAAGAGUUGACGUGGUCGGCCACUGGUGUGUCCUUCACGUUUACAGGAGCGUCAGCGUCCAUCGGUCUAGAAGGAGUGACUGGCACAAGCAGUGCAGAUUUGAUCAUCGACGGGAAAUCGACAUACAUCGCCGACGUCAAAGGCCCUUCCAUCUCGACCCCAGCAAAUCUCACCUACGGCAACCACACCGUCGAAUUCCGCAAAAGCUCCGAGGCAUUAUGGGGCUCCAUCUUCAUCGGCAACAUCACCACCGAUGGCACCUUUGGCCCUGACAUCCCCGUCUCAAACCGCAAAAUAGAAGUCAUCGGUGACUCCAUCACUUCUGCAUAUGGCAUUGGCGGCACACUCCCCUGCACCAACAGCGCCGCGCUCGAGAUCAUCUCAGAAGGAUAUAGCAUCCUGACCGCCAGCGCGUUGAACGCAGACUACUCCCUCAUCUCCUGGAGCGGCAUCGGCAUCAUCCGCAACUACGCAUCUGGCAAACCCGACCCCGAUCCCAUCAUGCCAGUGCGCUACACACGCUACGGCGCCAACGACGCAGACAACACCUACACGUUCCCCAGCACCGACGCCCCGGACGCCGUAGUUUUCAAUCUCGGAACCAACGACUUCGGCCACGGAGACGGGCGGCCCAUCCUUCCUGCAUCAAACUACACUGCCGCGGUAGUCAAGUUCGUCGAGUCCGUCAAGGCAAGUUAUAAGAAUGACCCGGCGUUCUUCCUCGUGACGAGUCCCAUGUUGAGUGACGGUAAUCCCACGGGCGAGAUGGAGAAGAGCAAGCAGCGCAAUGCGCUGAAGGAUGCGGUGGGGUUGUUGAAUGGGACGAGGGCGGUUGUCGUGGAUUGGCCGGCUCAGGGGAGUGAUUUGGGAUGUGAUUAUCAUCCGACGCCGGGGACGAAUAAGAUUGGCGCGGGUGUGCUAGUGGAGGCAAUGAGGAGGGAGUUGGGGUGGUGA